AACCAUUAAGUACGCCUUGGUUAAGAAGUGAGGUACAGGAAACGUCAAAAUGCCAAUAAAAGAAGUUUUUGUAAAAACAGAUGUAUACCUUACCUGUUUAAGUCAUGCCCUCUCCACAGAGAAAGAAGAGGUUAUGGGACUGCUGUUAGGUCACGUAGACCAACGUUUCGAUUUAUCACUUAAAGUGGGAGUUUCAUAUGGACAAUCAUUUAUUGAAAAUGUUAUCAUUCUUCAAAGAAGUGUACGUCAAGCUGAUCGUGUUGAAAUAUCUCCCUUGCAAUUGUCUGCAGCUGCUCAAGAAGCCGAAAAACUAUCAAUUGAGCUUGGUAAACCAAUUAGGGUACUUGGAUGGUACCACUCACAUCCACAUAUUACUGUUCAGCCAUCACAUGUUGAUGUGAGCACACAGGCCAAUUACCAAGCCAUGGAUCCUGACUUUAUAGGAUUAAUUUUUUCAGUUUUUCAGCAAGAAGAUAAUGAAAAAUUUGCAAAUUCUUCACUGGUAUGCUUCCAAGCGGUAAAUGUUGAUGGUGUUUUGAGAAGUAGAGAAAUUCUGCUGAGUAUUUCUCCUCCAGAAACUGCAGCAGGAAUGGAAAUCAAAACAUUAGCAAAAAUUCCAUUAAUGUUGUUCAAUGAAGAGAAAGAACAUAUGGAAAAAUGCUUGUCUGGUGAUUUGGUUUCUAAAGUACAAAACAAAGCAGUGUUUACGCAAGCAAUGUGUCAACUACUUCAAUGUUGCGAAAUGCCCUGUGUUAGUGCAGUUCUCGCCUACGAACAAUCUUUAUUAAACAAUUUACAUCGCUUACAGUUAGUAAAGCAAAGUCUUGAUAAUCUAACUAAAUGUUAG